AUGAAAGCUUCAAACUCAACUUUAAUUCCAAAUGGACAACGGCAUCCAGGUCAAUUACCUUCGAAUUCACAAAAUCAAAUUGGACAACAACAGCAACAUAUACCAUUAGGAACGAAAAAAAAUAAACGAAGAAAAAAAUGCCAUGGUAAUCGUAAGUUACAACGUUUUAAAAAGAAAUGUCGUAAACGUGGUCUCACCGAAGAAGAAAUACAAAAAUUAAUUAAUGAAUAUAAUCAUAGUAAUCAAGAUAGAAAUCAAACUAAUAAUCGGAAAACGAAUUUACAACAAAAUACAACAGUUGAAAAAAUGGAAGUGUCCAAUGGCUUAAAUGAUAAUAUCAAUGAAAAUAAUACAACAACAUCAAAAUCAAAUAAACGUAAACAACAAAUGACACCCUCAUCAAGUCAACGAUCAACUUCACGUCCAUCAGUUAAACGAAUGAAAAGAAGCAAGUCAUCACAAAUUACUAUGACUCCAUUAAAACCAACUUAUAAAUUACCAAUCUACUUGAAAGCACAUCCAAAUCUACUAUUUCGAACUUUACAUCAACAAUGUCGUCUUGAACUUCGUCAAAAUUUAUGGCAAUCAUAUUUAAACUUAGGAACUGAAAAAGAAGUGUGGCCAAAUGUAGUGAUGAAAAUGGCAAAAAUUGAUGAACAUUUAGUAUGUCAACAAUUUGUACAGAAACGUCUUAAUGAAAUAAAAAGUAAAUAUGAUCAAUUUAGCAAUGAAUUAAGAACACAAUUGCAGUCAUGUCCAGUAACAUUAUUACAAUUACAAUCGACACUUGAUCAACAUCUGAAAGAACUUGUUCAAAUACAACAAAAAUAUUUAGCAACAAAAAUACAAUAUCAACUCAGUCGAUAUCAAGAUAUGAUUACAGAAAUAGAAUUAUUUCAAAGUUUAUCAAGUUUUCCUCUUACAAGUGAUCAACAAAAUACGAUCAAUCGACUUAUACAUUUACAAGAAAAACAAGUACAAUUCUACGAAAGUCUUCUAAAAUUAGAAAUUCGAGUAUCCAUUGAUUUUUUACCUCGAAGUUUUGACGAAUUGGAGGGCUUUAUUACAUUUGAUGAUUAUUUUCCUGUAGUUAAAGAUACUCAAGCUAUUGAAUUUAAACAAAAUUAUUACAAAAUUAUACAAAAAGCAAAACGAACAUGGUUAAUGACAUAUAUCGAUGCAUAUGAAAGUGAAAUAAAAAAAUUCAAACAUCAAUAUGAAAAUGAAUUACAUCAAUUUCAAUUAACGAAUUCGAAUCAUGGCGGUAUCAAUAGUGGAACAAGAACUAUAGUGAAUUCUUUUCUUGAUUAUAUCAAUCGUCGAAUAAAUCGAUUAAAAGAAGAGACAGCUUAUGAAAAAAUUCCUCUUUAUCGAAAACAAAUAUUAUGUGUCCAGCGACGCUUAAAGCCGAGCAAAAAAAUGGUUACUAUAAAGCCGACUGUCAUUGUCGACCUUUUGUAUCAUCCAUUUACGGCUGCUCAACUUGAUUAUCUUUCAAGAGGACCAUCUUAUAUACGACCAAAUCCAAGUGUAUUUUUUCCAGAAAAAACAUUUAAAAAACGAAUUGACAGAGAACUUCAAGAUAUAAUGAAAAAACUGAAGAAAUGUAUGUCUGGUGGUGAUCAUCAACCAAAAAUACCACUCAACUCACGCUUAUAUACAUCCUAUUCUGAUCAAGUUCAAUCCUGUUUAAAUCAAGCUUAUAUGACUCCUAUACCAUUAAUCGAUCAAAUACGUGCUCUACGUGAAUUAAAAAUGAUUCAAUCAAUUCGAAAAAAAUUAAAAAAAUUAAAUCUUAUAUUGCGUGAAACAGACAAAAGUGGUGUAUUACAUAUUGGUUCUGCUGCUGAUUAUGAACGAAAAGCAAUUGAAUAUCGACGAACAACAGGUGCUUAUGAAGAAUUAACUUCUAAUCCAUUCAAUGAUAUAAUUUGUACUGUAACACGUUUACUUAAUCAUUUAAAGUCAUUCAAGCGAAUAUAUGAAUGGCAACGAAUCAAAAUGAUGCCUAUUCGAGAGAAGACUGAAUUAACUUAUAUGUAUUUUAUUCCUAAACCACAUAAGAAAGGUACACCACUACGGCCGAUUUUAAAUACAAUUCAUGCAGCAUCAAAACAAAUUUCUCAAUUCUUAGAUAAAUUACUUCGACCAUUAUUUGAUCGAUUUGUACGUCAAACAACGUUUGUAGAUGGUGCUGAUCUUCUUGAACAACUUCAAAAAUAUAUUCAAAAAGGUUAUUUUAAUUCAUCGACUCUUUUUAUUACAUUCGAUAUUACAAAUCUUUAUACAAUGUUACCACAAGAAGAAUCUUUAGUUAUACUUGCUGAAUUUCUUCGUGCACAUAAUUAUGAAAAAGUGAAUGGUCUUUCAAUUGAUACAAUUAUUGAAUUAGCUCGUAUUGUGCUUCAAGCAAACGCUUUUGUUUAUAAUAACAAAUUUUAUCGACAAAUUAUUGGUGGUGCUAUGGGAUCGGCAUUUACUUUAACAUUAGCAAAUAUCUUCAUGUGGAAAUGGGAAAGACAAACUAUUUUACCAAAAUUAUCUUCACAUGAAUUAUAUGGCCGAUAUAUUGAUGAUGUUUUCUUUAUAUCGAACCAAUCUGAAGAAAAGGUGAAAGAAUUAUUAGAAACAGCUAAUAAUUUUCAUCCAAAUAUUAAAUUAGAAUAUAAGAUUGGAAAAAGUGUUCCAUUCCUUGAUGUUCUUAUUCAAAACAAUAAUGGUAUUUUCGCAUCAUCGCUCUAUCAUAAACCUUCAGCUGAACCAACUGUGUUAUCAUUUUUAUCAGAUCAUCCACGACAUGUCUUUCGAAAUGUCAUUCAAACUACUCUCACUCGAGCUGUACGAUAUUCAUCAACAUUUGAAAUAUUUGAUGAUGAACGUCGAGCCAUUCGUUUAAUGUUCUUAUAUAACAGAUAUCCAUCCAAUUAUAUUAACCAAGAAUUUGAAAAAUUCUUUGCUGACUAUAUAACUUCAACUUCUUCGUCAAUUUUACCAGUGAUUACCGAUGAAAGUCAAUUCCUUGCAUUACGUCAAAAACUCUUAAAUCAACCAACAGCGAAGCAAACACAACUGGUCAUAAGUGCAGCUACCGUACAGCUUACACAACAUACACAAAAUGUUACACAACCAAAUACAAAUACAAUGGAAGCAACUAUUCAACGAAACAAUGAAAAGUUCAAAAACAACAUCUUUUUACAUGUAAAACAUGAGGGUCGACUGAAAGGUUUAGCUCGUGAAAUACAUAUGAUACAUGAUAGUCACUUCAAAAAUACCAGUCACGGAGACAUAAGAUUAGUUGUUGGUUGUCGAAAUAAUCCAAAUAUUGAAUUUGAACUUUCACGUAAACGACCAUCUUCAUCAGCAUUAAAAGAUCCAUUAGCAAAGAAACGAAAACCAAAUGAAUAUCAGCAAGCAAAAAUGAAAAAUAAAUUCAAUCAAAGUCAGCAAAAUCGUAAAGGUCAAAAUAAGAAAAAGAAAAAUCGUCAAUUACGAAUAAAAAAGAAACAGGUGUCUAGCAAAUUGCAAUUUCAAUUAGCAACUAUGGAUUCUAGUGAAUAUUUUCAAAAUUUAUCAACAUCACAAGUGUUACCAAAGAAAAAAAUAUUAAAUCCUUUGGAUAUGACAACUAGUUCUGAUCCAACAUUAUUAUUACCUGAUUAUUUAACAAUAUCAGACAGUAAAUUUAAAGAUUUGUUUUUACAGUCAACAACAAAUAAUAUGAGUACUGAUGCACUUAUUGAAUUAUUAAACCAGACAGAAAUAUUAUUAUUUAUUCGUGAACUUACACAAUUGAUCAAUAAAUUUAAUUAUUCUCAAUUACAACUUGAACAAUGGACUUUUUACAAUAAUCUUGGCAUGACCGAAGGUAUUUGGACCAACCGAGUAUCGAAAAAAAUGGCCGAAGCCAAUUCAAUGUGUUAUACAUAUGGUCGAUCCAAAAACUUAAUCAAACAACGUCUUGCAAAAUAUAAGCUACAAUGUGAAAAAAAUCAAGAGACUAUUAAUCAAUGUAUGAAACAAGCACCACUUAUUAUUGAUAUGCAAGCUAUUACAACUAUGAUAAAUAAUUUAAUCAAUAAAGAUCAAUAUGAAUUACGAUUUGAACGUGACCGAAGAAAAACAAUGCUCCGACUAGAUGCUGAAGAACGCAAACUUGUUGAACAAUUUUACCAAUUGAAGCCAAGACAAACAGAGAUCAACUCAGCAAAAAUUAUCUGGAACGCUAUAAAUGAACAACAUAAUAUAAUCGAUGAAAUGGUUAUAUUUAAGAAAUGGCUUGAAGUUCAUACACAAGCAUCAUCAUUCAGUCUUCAACAUAUACAAUUACCAAAUAUAUAUCAAAUCGUCACAUCACUAUUUUUUCAAGGUCAAACAUCAUCGCCCGAACAUAUCGCUGAACAAACAAUAGCUAAAGCCGAACAAAUGGUACAAUACUACAACAAAAUAAUAAAUAAUGAAAAAAAUAAGCUACAAUCUACUAGAUCUCAUCAUAAAAAUGUUCAACUACUCGAUCAAACCAUUAACGUUAUCCGCCAACGUGAACACAAUAUGAAACAACGUCAUGAUUAUGAACUACGAGGAAAAGUGGCCAACAUAUUCAACCAAACUACUCUUACACAGAUGGAUAUACAACUCAAUAUGCAAAAUAACUCAACUCCAUAA